AUGGAUGGCCGCCACCAACGGCCCCUGCGUGUCUCGCAACUCGUUGAGAUAAGCAGCUUCGACGACCUGGCAGUUGGAACUCGCAUGCACGAGGAUCCUGAAACCCGGGGCGCUUGGAGAGGUAGUGGGGAGACAGAUGAGAGUCUGGAGGGAUGGCUAAAACCGCCCCCGGCAAACACGAUGAGGGAGCCGCCUUUGCCCCAAGAUUCCUGGACCAACACGUGGGUCAGAGCCUGCGACGAGAACAAGAAAUGGCUCGCCAUGGCCUUCUGUGAGGACAGCCGUCACUACCCUUGGUGCUACUUGUGUGGCAAGUGGGCAGAGGAGGAGCACCUCAGGGGUGCGAAAUGUGCAGGGAAGCGAGAGCGCUUCAAUGUCGUCAUGGGCCCUUUUCUUGCGGAGCUCUUGUCCAAGGGAGCUGUGAAGAGCGAAGCACGACGCCAAGUUCCGGGAGACGAAGAGCGGCCAAAGUUCAAGGCCAAGGCCCCGCCGCCCGUGGCGGCCCCGAGGCCGAAGCCGCCGCCGGACCUUAGCGCGAAGCCGCCGCCGCGGCCCAAGGCGAAGCCUCCGCCCGCGCCUCUAAGACUUUGGGACCGAAGACCGCGAUGCCGCAACGAGCACUGCAGCUAUCUGGCUCAUCCAGAGAUGGACGAGUUCGAAGGCUACUGCUGCAAGGCCUGCCGCAAGUGGCUGCAGGAGGGGUACAAGAAAAAGACGCACCACGGCCAGCGCUGCCUGCGGGAGCUCGCCCCCGAUGCUGCACCAGAGCCGGAGCCAGUUCCGAAGCCGCCCAAGGCACCUCCAAGUCGGCCUGCGGAGGAAGCGCCGAAGUUUUCUCCACCGAGUAGGACUUCAGAGGGCGAGCCGGAGUCAGAAAUGGAGCCCAGCGCGACUUUCAAGCUGCAGGCGCGCUUGGCGGAGCCAUGCACGUUUCGCAAGAAGAAGCUGAAUGAGGGCAUCCCUGUCUCCAGUGGCGUAGACCCGUCGGCACCUGAAACCAAGACGAACUUCGAAGGCAGCGUGCAGGUGGUCGGUGAGCCUGUUGUGAUCCUCCUGGAGUCCUUCGAGGUGCUGCGCGCACCGAUCUGCGAUGGCUGGAUCACUCUCGCCGAGAGAGGGGAAUGGAGUCCGCUCUGCAGCCGCUUCGCCGAGCCGGACUCGGGCUGGCAUCCGGCCUUCGCUUCCGCCAAGCACCUGGACAAGGAGUGGAAGCUGGCGGACGAGACGUGGGAAGAGCUACAGCAGAUCUGGGAUGGCCUGGAGUCUGUGCAGCAGGAGCUGAAGCAAGAGUUGCAUCAGCAAGGGGCUUGCCAGGAAGAGACCGUGGCACGCCGCAACGGCCUGCGCCAGAAGGCUCUGGAAAUGGUGCGCGAUUACCAGGAGCAAUCAAUCCGAUCCUCUGCAAAGUCUUUCGACUGGUACGGAGGUCCUUCGAGGCAGGAGCGUGCCGGGAUCGCAAGGCAGAGGCGCAACCAGCUGGAAGAGGCUUCCAGGGUGGAUGUGAAGAAGGAGUUGCAGAGCCUCGCAGCGCAACGUACCAAAGUCAUCACUGUAAGGAAUGCCAAACGUAUUGCAGAUGCCGAAUGGCAGAAUGCCAGAGAGCUGCAAGACGCCGAUCUGGCGAAGAAGGAAGAGCGUCGUGAUCAAGCACGGAUGGAGGAGAAGCAGGAGACACGUGCCUACUUCGAGAGUAUGGCGAGCCUGUGCCGGGUGGCCUCGACCAGUCUGCCGGAGCUGCUGCCGGAACUCGGACAGCACACAGACAAGACCAUCCAGGCCGAGCUGAAGAAGCUGAAGCCAGCAGAUCAGGCAGAAGUGAGGCAGGUACUGGACGAGAACAUCAGCCUUUCACACUACGACCCAGAGCAGCUGUCGAAGGCCACCCGCCUCUCAAGUGAGGGAGGCCGGCAUGCGAUCUACGAGAUGUCGCUGGAGCACACGCCAUGCGUGAUCAAAGUCUUUGACUUGCAUUCCUGCCGCGGACUUCCCGGCUUUGUCCAAGAGGUCAUGCUCCACACUAGGCUGCGGCAUCCCUUGAUUGUGCCACUUCGCCGAGCUUUCCUGGAUCUUGAUGACCAUCGUGGCUUCCUUCAGUUCGACCGCUACACCUGCAAUCUGGCAGAGUUUCUCGAGCAGUUGAAGAGACCUCGCCGCGUGCCCCAUAACUUCGGUGAGCCAGCAGAGGCCGGUUUGGUCGAUGAUCGGAUGCCAUGCAGGAUCGCACACACCAUGACGCAGUCCGUGGCGCACAUCCACGCCCACCGUGUGGUCCAUGGUGACUUGAAGCCCUCCAACUGGCUUUGGGACAAGUUGCAGAAGGCCCCGUGUCUUUGCGACUUCGAGACGGCCAAAGACCAGAAUCGUGGGACCACAACGGCAGCCAAGACCACGGGGCGAGGCUUGCACACUCCUGGCUAUUUGGCGCCGGAGCUCGUCAAGGACCCUUUCAGGUCCAAAACCAUGGAAGCAGACGUUUUUGCGCUGGGACGGUCCAUCGAGGAUGUCCUUGGCGCUGUGCCAGAGACGAGGCCAACCGAGCGCAAGGAGCUCAAGAACUUUGUAGAGCGGAUGCUUUAUGAGGAUCCUUCUAUGCGCAUUCCGGCGCAAGUUGCGGCGGAGGCUUGGUGGGCCGAAGCUCUGAGCAGCACGGAUGGCUACGAACACCUGGUAAAGUGUAAGGAGGUGCUCUACUCGCAGGCCGAAUGCAGCAAACAGUUUCGCGACGGGGGGUCCUUCCAACAGCUCAUCGAGGCGAUCGUCAGGGAUCCCGAGUACCCUUUGAAGGAUGACCGGCUGAUCAUUGAGGUGGUCCGCAAAGGGGGUGCCCUGCUGUCCGUCGACAACCGCCGCCUCUACUGCUUCCAUGAGGCGCAAACCAUCCUUCGUCCAGAGACCGUUUGGAUCAGGAUUCGGGAGCACCAGCACAGUCAUGUGCAAGAACGGUUCCAGAACCACUUCUCGACGCGGAAUGGUGGCAAAUACAUCCAUGUACGGGGCCUCCCACUUCCUCGCCGCCCACCACCAGGUCAUGGCUGA